AGCGAUCCGGGACUAUGUUUGGGAAAUCGGGGCUGUUGGGCUGUGUUAGAAGAAGCGGGACUAUUUGGCAGAAUGAUAUCUGUGUAGCGGGGAUAAACAUGCAGGCGCUCUAACAACCGCAAUUGUCCCGAUGUGUUCAACUCACUGACAGCGAGGGGGGCGGGAGCCAAAGGAAUGGACUUCUUUCCCAUCUCUUCAUAACCUAAUGGUUUAGAGCAGGCCUUAGAAUGUCUUCUGAAAGAAUAUCAACCAGGCCUCACAUGGAUGUGUAUGGGGUUUUGGCUGCUCAGAACAGGCCCCAUUCUAAACCAAAUGCUGUAAAUAAUAUUAUUGCAAGCCCUGUUAAGAAGGGAACUUUUGCAGAUGGUAUUGGGGUAAAGCAGCAAAAAUUACUUUCCUCUAAUAAAAGUAAAGAGGUUAACACAACAUAUGUAAUAUCUGCAUGUAAAAAAUCUCAGGCUUCUCUCAAAACAUCUAGGCCUGGAUCUAAAUUAAUUCUUCAGAGAAGAGAAAGAAGCAGUAAAGGUUCUCCUCAUGCAGAGGAAGGUACAGAGACAAUUAAUAAACAAGAUUGCACCGACAGACGUCUGACUUUACAGAGGCGCCUAAGAACAGGUUCAACUGAAAAUGCUAGGCCAAACAAAAUCACAGAGGAAGUACUACAACACUGCCUUCCAAUGGAACAUUUGGAUAUAACACCUGGCUCUCUAGCUGGGCCUUCAAAGUUUACUGUCAAAAUGUCAAGCAAAGAUAUAAAAAGUGAGAUGAUGAACAAAGAUUUUAAUGCUGUCAGUGGCAAAAUGUCUCCUCCAAAAUCUGAACUAAGUAGUGCAGAACCUUUGAAUACUCAGGUGGAGGGGCGAUCAAAGGAGGCAGAUAAGGUGGGGCCUAUAGUUGGCACUUUGGGUAUAAAAGGAAAUGAUAAAGGAAGCAGUUUGGGGAAACCAGGGCAAGAAAAGAAGACUCCUGUAACAAAAAAGAAUGGUCUUGAUCAGCAGAGGAUGCCACAGCUUGGUGCCACCAGUUUGUCCAGGUCAUCUUCAACACGCAAUAUUAGGAGCCCACAGGUUACACCUAAACGAGUAGUUGCCACUCUACCAGCUUCCCAAAAGAAAAACUCAAGUACACCAGGUUCUGUAUAUUCAGGGCGAAGUGAAAAGUCAGCAGAUGUAUGCUUAUCCUCUGAUGAAAUUCAGCCAAAAGGUGACACAGCUUUCAGCAACUUCAAUCUAGAAGAGGAGCACUUUAAGGCAGAGAACUGUGCAGUGACCGUUGCGGUUCGAGUCAGACCCUUUAGUAAGAGAGAAGUAAAUGAGAAGGCAGUUCAAGUGGUCUUUAUGAAUGGCCAGGAAACUACUGUUCAGCACCCAGACUCCAAACAGAACUACAUCUUUUGUUACGACUUCUCUUUUUGGUCCUUUGAAAAAUCUCAGCCUAGUUUUGUGGGCCAGGCUUCAGUGUAUGAGAAGCUGGCUGUCCCUUUGUUAGAGUGGUCACUCUUGGGUUAUAACACCUGCCUGUUUGCUUAUGGCCAAACUGGCUCAGGAAAAUCAUAUACUAUGAUGGGUUUUGAUGGAGAACCGGGAAUUAUUCCAAGGUUCUGUUCAGAUCUUUUCUCCAGGAUUCAGGCAACAAUGAAGCAAAAGCUCUCCUUCCAUCUGGAAAUUAGUUACUUUGAAGUGUACAACGAAAAGAUACACGACUUGCUGAUCUUCAAAGCAGAGAAUGGGCAAAAGAAGCAGCCACUUAAAGUGAGAGAGCAUCCAUUGACAGGGCCAUAUGUUGAAGACCUUUCUAUGAAUGUUGUGUCUUCCUUUCAAGAUAUUCAGAGCUGGUUGGAGUUGGGAAACAAGCAAAGAGCGACAGCUGCUACAGGAAUGAAUGAUAAAAGCUCCAGAUCUCAUUCUGUAUUCACUCUUGUUAUGACCCAAACCAAGACAGAGUAUGUGGAUGGACAGGAGCAUGAUCACAGAAUAACAAGCCGGAUUAACCUUGUGGACUUAGCUGGAAGUGAAAGAUGCUCAACAGCACAGACCAGCGGCGAGAGACUAAAGGAGGGAGUGAGCAUUAAUAAAUCUCUUCUGACUUUGGGGAAAGUGAUCUCUGCUCUUUCGGAAAACUCACAGACGCGCAAAAAGACUUUUAUCCCUUAUCGAGAAUCUGUCCUGACCUGGCUGCUGAAGGAGAGUCUUGGGGGAAAUUCAAAAACAUCAAUGAUUGCUACUAUCAGCCCUGCCGCCACAAAUAUGGAGGAGACAUUAAGCACUCUGCGCUAUGCCAAACAGGCUCGUCUUAUUAUUAAUGUUGCCAAAGUUAACGAAGACCUUAAUGCUAAAAUAAUAAGAGAACUAAAGGCAGAAAUUGAGAAAAUGAAGGCAUCCCAACUCUCUGCUAAGAACAAAGACUCUGAGAAGUACAGGCAGUGCCAUCAGGAAGUAACAUCGCUAAAACUUAAGCUGUGCCAGCAAGAGAGGGAAAUGUCUGAACUAAGGAGGGCAUGGAAAGAUAAACUUGAACAGGCAGAACAGCGGAAGAAAGUGGAGAUGCAGGAACUCCAGAAAGCAGGGAUCACAUUCAAGAUGGACAAUCGUUUACCAAAUCUUGUUAAUCUAAAUGAAGAUCCUCAACUCUCAGAGAUGCUUUUGUACAUGAUUAAAGAAGGACAGACCACAGUGGGCAAAUACAAAGCUGGCUCGUCCCAUGACAUUCAGCUUUCAGGAGCUCUUAUAGCAGAAGAUCACUGCAUUAUCACAAACAAUGAGAACAUUGUGUGUAUAAAACCUUUUGGAGAUGCUAAAACAUAUGUCAAUGGAAACCAGAUUUCAGGAUCGACCAUUUUACACCAUGGUGAUCGCUUGAUACUGGGAGGAGAUCAUUACUUCAGGGUUAACCAUCCCAUGGAGGUCAACAGGCUUAAUGCAACAACCCAAGUCUCUGAUGGGCCUAAAGACUACGAGUUUGCUAAAAAUGAGCUGCUUUCAGCCCAGCGUUCCCAGCUAGCAGAAGAGAUUGAAGAGGCUCGACUAAGAGCAAAGGAGGAAAUGAUGGAAGGUAUACAGAUUGCUAAGGAGAUGGCCCAGCAAGAACUCACUUCUCAGAAAUUUGCCUAUGAAGAAAAGAUCAGGGAUUUGGAAGCACAACUGAAGAAAGAGAGCCAACACAAAGAGUUGCAGGAGAUGAACAGCCAGAGGGCAACUACCCGAAUCCAGGAGCUGGAGGAGAUGAAAAUUCAUCUUCAGCAGGAGGUUCAGUUUAACAAAAAGCGUUUAGAAAUGGAGACGCUUGCAACAAAACAGGCACUAGAAGAUCACAAUGUUCGACAUGCCAAAAUCCUGCAAGCUCUCGAGGCAGAGAAGCAGAAAAUUGCUAAAGAAGUGCAGAUGCUUCAGCGAGAAAGGAACAGUCAGGAUAGGGCUAUGGCUGUUCAACCAACCUGGAACAAUAUGAAGCUAUCUGUAAUGAUUCAAGAGGCCAACAGUAUCAGCAGCAAGUUAAAGAAACACACAGUGUUUAGCAGGCACGAUGUAACAGAUAAGGAAAAUUUGCCUACAAAUCCAGUACAAAUACAAGUAAAAAAUCUCAAGCUGGGAAUUGUGACGUAUUGGAGCUUAGAAAAGUUUGAAUACAAGUUGGCAGCUAUGAAAGAUUUGUAUGAGAACCAUGGGAGUACAAAGGACGAUGAUGUGUUUUAUGAUCCAGGAGAUGAAUGGGAGCCAGACUUGUCAAACACUUCAGUUUCCAGGUUUUCCCGGCGCAAAAGUUUAAUGAAGAAUCGUAGGAUUUCGGGGUGUUUGUAUGAAAUACGAGUCCACCCAAUUCAGAGUUUACAGUCAGGACAUGCAUCGGGGCUGAUGAACAAAUCCAGCAGUUUUCUAUCAUGUUCCAGUAGUGUCAGCUCAAAUCCCUCUGAUUCCCAUUUACCAGGGAUCUGUAAGGAUCUAAUAGCUUCUUCCCUGGAUUAUCUGGGCCGGAGUCAUGUGGAUGAAAGUAAUAUGGCUGAUAGCAUGAUUGACAGUGUGAAAAGAGCAUGCAUUGGGGUCCGUACUGUGUCUCAGGCAUAUGAGCAGCAGAAAGAGGACAGCACAGAUAUGUUGUUUCUGGCUAAUCGUGAGGCUCAGUCCCACAGUGUACAGCUGACAUCUGCUUUUCAACAACUAGUCGUGCUAAACAAGCAUUGGCCCAGACUUUUACCAGAGAUUCAAGAAAUGACCAAACCUGCUGAUAAUGUGAGCCUUUACAUUAGAAAGCUUGGCGGAUAUCUUCAGUUGCUGUUGCAGGGUUGCACCUCAGAUAUAGCCUCUAUGGUUACAGAAGCAAGAGACAAGUCUUUUCACAUAGCAGAGCAAAUACUACAGAACAUUGGACAACUGGCAGCACUCACUAACACAGAAUUGCAUUUUUUAGAAGAGGAAUUAAAAGAUGAGAAGGAUCUUCAGAAACUGUUUUCUCGUUCAGUUAGUGAAGGUCUGCGCUUUGGGCUACAAAGCAUCAUGGAGUCAGUACUGAAAGCCACACAUGACAUAUACACUCACAUUCAAAGAUUCAUUGUUCAAGAUGAGCAUCUUACAGAAAUCAAGACAAAUGCAAUAAGAUUAACUACCUUCCUACAGAAAUGUCUGGCAAACUGUGUAAAGCUGGACCUCAACAUACUGCUUAAAGAUUCAGUCUUCAGUAUUAGAAGCAGCUUGACCAUUGGCCUACGCAAUCUGAGAAGUAUUAUGGAUAGACUCAGGCUGGCUGUGGUUUCUGCACUAGAAGGUGCAGAUGCAGAUGUCCCCAUUCUCCUCUCAUUAAAACAUGACAUUGUUGAAUGUUCAUCCCAGAUAAACAGAAAUCUUCUGUUGUUGUCACCUCAAGUUAUUGGUUUGCAAGACCUGGAAGCUCUCACACAAUCUCUGAUGCAGUGCCUUUGCAGAGAGCAAGUGGCUGGGCCCAGGAGGAGCAAAGAGCAAGUGGCUGGGCACGGGAGGAGCAGAGAGAAAAUGGAUGAACAUGCUCGCAAUUUACACACCUGGCAACAUAAUACAUUUUCCCCCAGUGCUAUACAAUGGGUUUAAAAUAGGUUCUUCACAGCUUUGCGGAACUUCUUCAGUUCAGUUUAAUCGGUUUAGGCUACUGCCACACGGGGCGGAUUCUCGGCUUGGGGAUAAAUGCAGGCUGUUCUGUGUGCCUGCACCCGAACUAACACAGUGGGCUAUGUUUAUCCACAGGCCAAGAAUCUGCCCUGUGUGGCAUUAGCCUUAGGCUGAGACUUAAUGUCUUUGGGAGAAGCACAUUUGUAUAUUAGAUAGGCAAACACGAGUUGUAAAUAUGUAUACAUUUUAAUAUUUGAGACCACAUUUUAAAACUAUAUUUAUCUCUGUCAGGUGAGAUCACCUUUCUGAGUCUAAAAUGGUCCUGUUUCUGAUGGGGUCAGUGUAAUUUUAAUUAGGAAGCUUUUGCCUUGUUUACAGAAAUAGUUUAGAUAUUUAAAAUAAUUCUAAAGAUUAUGAAGCAACACUCCUGCCACCUUUAGUAGCUUGUGCCUGGCACGUCAUUGCUGAAGUAUAUCGUUGGUGCCUCUAUAGCUUUGGUCUUAAAAGUAUUUUAGCUUACACUUUGUCCUAAAGAGCAGCUAGCCAUCAACGAUAUAUAGGAUGAAGCAUCGCAGUAUCUACUUCAAAGAGUUCAGUAUCAUUUAGAUUAGAAUUUGCCUUGGGAAGCCCCUGCCUAUUCCUAAUGUUGGCUUUGAAGAGCAUUUGCAUGUACGGCCUACUGGCAAAUGUCAGAACAUUGCUUAUUAAGUGUAAAUCAUGAAGAUUUGCUUCAAUACGUUACAUAUUGAAAUGAAACACAACAGUCAGAGUUGAUUAAACUUGCACACUAUAUCACUGAAACAUCUAUUGCACUAUAAUGUGUACCAGGGCUGUCCUACUGAUGGACCUCUGGCUGUUGUGAAACCAUAACUCUCAGAAUCCACAAUCUUGUAGUGGUACAGAGAUUUGUAGCUGUACAGCAGCUGGAGGGUCACAGACUCACCCUAAUUUAAUAAAACUUUUAUAUGGUGCCAAAGCCUGAAA